AUCAUCCACUGUGGCAAAAGCAGUGACGUUGCGGAGGUGACGCACACGUGCAGAUGGUGGACUAACUGUAGCAAUGGUGCUCCAUAUAAGAGGAGCCCGUCAUCCAUUUCUCUGCACUUAUAGACCUUCUCCAGAUCGAUCCAAUCCGCUCGAAUGGUGGAAAGAUGAGUCGCAGGUGUUAUAUAGAAACAGUUCAGCUCAGCAUCUCGGCAGCCGAAUGAUAGAGAGCAGGUCAUUCAUGGUCUUGAAUCUGGACGAGAGAUCGCACGGGUUGUUGCAGGGGCAGAAUGGAAGAAGGUGCUCCUGAUGGUGGAGACGGAGAUUCAUAUUCUUUGUCAAGUGCUCUCAUUGUGGUAACAUGCUUUCUGGGCGGGCUGGCGGUGGCCUUAGCUUGCACACGCAGAGGAAGAAGGUCCAGAAAUUUGCCCCCGGGACCUCCAAGUUUGCCCCUGAUUGGACACCUCCACCUUCUGAGCAGGUUGGCGCACCAGUCUCUGGCCGAUCUGUCUCGAAAGUAUGGACCUGUGAUGAUGUUGCAGCUGGGAUCUCUCAACACUCUGGUCGUUUCGUCCCCCGACAUGGCGAAGGACGUCCUCAAAACUCAAGAUCACCUGUUCGCCUCCCGUCCCUCAUCUCCCCUCGGAGAUAUCUUCAUGCACAGCAGCAAUGAUCUGCUCAUGGCUCCUCUCAACGAUCACUGGCUAUUCAUGCGCAGGACUUGCGUCAUGGAGCUCUUCACAUCGAAACGGGUUGCACAAUUUGAGGAGAGGAGGAGAAUAGAAACUUGGCGGACCGUAGGGCGCAUGUUGGAUGAGGGCCGAGAAGGGAACGUCCUAGACAUAGAUCGCCGGAUGAAAGAGCAUGGGUUCAACAUCAUCACCCAGGAGCUCUUCAAAAAGAGCUUCCAUGGCCAGAGGACACCCACCAUCGCGGCGGACGGCGAGGCUCUGGAGUUUCACGAUCUGAUGAAGGAAUUCACCAGCAUCGGGUUCUUUGUGCCGGGAGAGUUUCUUCCCUGGCUGCGUAAACUCAGGAUAGACGUCGGCGGCGUCGAGGCCAAACUGCAGAAAUUGUCGGUCAAAUUCGACAGCUUCUUGAGGAAAAUCAUCGAGGACCACCGACACAAGAUGUUCAUCCGGCAGAAUACUGAGAUCGAGGACUUCGUCGAUGUGCUGCUGUCUCUGCAGAGCGACAACCGCGACGCCAAAUGCUUGACCGACGACCAGAUCAUCGCUCUCCUCCAGAACUUGCUCAUAGCUGGCAGUGACACGGCUGCCAACACGCUGGUAUGGAUACUGUCGGAGCUGAUGCGGAAUCCAGAAGUUCGCGACAAGCUGCGGAGAGAGCUGGACGACGUCGUAGGCCAGGAGAGGCUGGUCCACGAGGCGGACCUCGUCAACCUCGAGUACCUUCAAGCCGUGGUCAAGGAGGCACUGCGACUGCAUCCACCUGCGCCGUUGCUGGUGCCCCACUCGAACGUAAGCGCCACCACAGUGGCAGGCUACGACGUGCCUGUCGACACGCGAGUGUUCGUCAAUGUCUACGCCAUCCAGAGGGAUCCCACAGUCUGGGAAAAUGCUCUGAAAUUCGAUCCGCAAAGGUUCAUCGAUCGCUCGGUUGGUUAUCAAGGCCAGGAUUUCGUCUUCUUCCCUUUCGGCUCCGGUCGGAGAAUCUGUGUCGGCAUGAACAUGGGCUUGCUGACGGUCGAAUUCACUCUGGCUCUGCUCCUGCAAACUUGCGACUUUUCUCUACCCGAAGGAAUGGCACCUCAGGACGUGGACGUGGACGAGAGUCACGGUGCAACUUUGUCCAGAAUGCGGCCCCUGAAAGUUCUUGUGAGUCCACGUUCGGCCUCGAAGUUGAUAAACACGAAUUCUUAGGGUGUAGGGCUCUUCCGUCUCUGUAUGCUGUAGAUUUUUGAGGCGAUUUUGAACUCUGCAGUUGUGGUGGAUUUCGGUGAAGGAAAGGAAGGCGUCGCGAUGGUUUGCUGCAGGAUUAGAUUAGGGCGGUCGGUCGGAGGUGGGGAGGACAGAGGAAGUGCAAUUUGAAUUUUACUCCGAGUAGUUGUUUGGUCAGAUGCAACCGCUGCUCUCCAACUUUGUUAUUAGAUGCAGCGGGUUCCCGUAGAGUCGAAACAUUCCAGCCUAGUCGUGCUGGAUUCUGAGCAUGAACCUUUUGACCAAGGCUCCUUCUGUCCUCAAAAUCAUCGAGAACAAAGCAAAUCAGUGUUUCAAGAAAUUUCGUAGUCGAGGAGGUGACAUGCACUGGAUCAUAAUUUGCAAUGCAUCUAUCUGAGCUCGUGAACGGAAGGAGGAGAGCGAUAUUCAGAUUGGAGUGCCAAUGCACAUGCGAAUCGAAGAGCAAAAGGGAGAGUCAUGGAGAAAAAACCGAAAACCGACGGAAGAAUUGCCAAUAAUACCUGAACACUAAGAGUGAAGAUGUUACUCUUUCCUAUUUUACAUACAAAACAGCUUUUCAUAUCAUUCCUUACUUUGAGAAGCAUAUAUACGAAAAUUAGUUUAAAAAACUUAUGCAAUAUUAUCCGAAGCUUAUCACAUAUUUGAAUUAAUCUUAUGAGGUUUAGAAUAUAAAAAUUAAUCUUAUGAACUUACCCUCAACCAAUAAUCUCAUUUGCAAUUAC